CUGGCUGUACAUGCUGAGGCAAGGCGAACCGAGCGUGCAUUGCUCCAGCGAGCGGGGAAGCUGUGUGACACGGACGCUUUGAAGGCAUCAGCAUGGCCGACCAGCUGACGGAGGGGCAGAUCGCGGAGUUCAAAGAAGCCUUCUCGCUCUUUGACAAGGACGGGGAUGGGUCCAUCACCACCAGCGAGCUGGGGACCGUCAUGCGGUCGCUGGGGCAGAACCCCACCGAGGCCGAGCUGCAAGACAUGAUCGGCGAGUUGGACGCCGAUGGCAGCGGCACGGUGGACUUCCCCGAAUUCCUGUCCAUGAUGGCGAGGAAGAUGAGGGACACGGACAGCGAGGAGGAGAUCCGGGAAGCCUUCCGGGUGUUCGACAGGGACAAGAACGGCUACAUCAGCGCGGCGGAGCUCCGGCACGUCAUGACCAACCUUGGCGAGAAGCUGACGGACGAGGAGGUGGACGAGAUGAUCAAGGAGGCUGACAGCAACAGCGAUGGGCAAGUCAACUACGAGGAGGCUUGCAACCCCUCCCAGCUCGCCGUUGUUUCAUCCCUGGGCACCAGCAUGGCCGGCCAGCUGACGGAGGAGCAGAUCGCGGAGUUCAAAGAAGCCUUCUCGCUCUUUGACAAGGAUGGGGAUGGGACCAUCACCACCGGUGAGCUGGGGAGCAUCAUGCGGUCGCUGGGGCAGAACCCCACCGAGGCCGAGCUGCAAGACAUGAUCGGCGAGUUGGACCCCGACGGCAGCGGCACAAUUGACUUCCCUGAAUUCCUGUCCACGAUGGUGAGGAAGAUGAGGGACACGGACAGCGAGGAGGAGAUCCGGGAAGCCUUCCGGGUGUUUGACGAGGACGGGAAAGGCUACAUCACCGUGGCGGAGCUCCGGCACGUCAUGACCAACCUCGGCGAGAAGCUGACGGACGAGGAGGUGGACGAGAUGAUCAAGGAGGCCGAUGCAGAUAGCGACGGGCGAGUCAACUACGAGGAGUUUGUGAGGAUGAUGGCCUCAAUGUGA